GCCAACUUCGAAGACUGCAUCGAGCUUCGCGACGCCACAUCUAACUGCAUUGAUGUCUCCUACUCCCCCUAACGACACCUACUGGAUGAAGAGCAGCCUCGGGGCACCCUCUCAAACGGCGGAAUAUGGACCGCGCGAAGCCGGAUCACCCAGAUCACAUGCGAGGGCAACAAGUCCAAUGGUACCAUUUACGAUGCCGCCGAGGGCGGAUCGUUCCAGGUUCUCUGGCGUUGACUGUACUGGAGGCGGCCUUGCUGCUACCUCAGAGACCGGCUCUUCUCAAGCCAGGCCGUCAGGUCGAUGGGUCUCAACAAAGACCUCUCCUGCGACAACUGUGGUUUCUCCAGCUCAAACAUUCAGGUCUCGGGCAAGAUUGUGAUCAACUUGACGGCCGGUGCCAUCAAGAAGGCGACGAUCACAGCGGGCAUCAGUGUACUGCCGGCACAAUUACGGCCCCGAAGUCGGACGGUGCGUGCAACGGCGGAUGGAACUACGCGUAGUCAAACAGCGCGCUUGGUGCUAUUACUUUGGACAAUACCUUCAACAUUCAA